AAGAUUUGUAAAAAACUAAUAUAUCUGAAAUUAGAUAUUAAUUAAUAACAAAAUACAGUAUUAAAAGCUAUCAUUUAAUAAAUGUAAAUAAACAGAGUUAUUUUUGUCGUCUCUGCUUUAAUUGCAGUUUCUCUUCUCACUGGUUUUGCUUUCUAUUACAAGAAUGGAGCUUCAAUUAGACCUGACACCUCUUCAUAAACUCGUUAGUAGGAGUUGAUUGAAGCUAUUAAAGCUAAGCCUUUUAAAUCUAUUGCCUAUGUUAAUAGAUUAGCUGGAUACUGGCCUCCUUAAGUCAUACUUAACAGCUUGGGUGUCAACUCUAAAUGCUAUGACAUUUUCAUUCUUACUUUCUGGAUGUAUGGAAUGAUGGGUGACGCUGUUUCAGUUUAUGACAAGCCUCUUAAUUUUAUUGGACCUGAUGUCAUUGGUAAUACUAAUGCCGAAAUUUAAUAGAAUCUUUAGAAACUUUAUCAUGAUAAUGGUUCCUUACUUUUUAUCAGUGCUUUUGGAGCUGCUUAAAACCCUACUGGAUUUGAUCCUACACUUGUUGCUGAAAGCUUAGCUAAGUGGGUAAACGAAAAUCCUUACAUUGAUGGUAUUGACAUUGAUUAUGAAGACAAUGAUGCUAUUGUUGAUGGAACUGGAACCAAAUGGUUAAUUACUUUCUAAAAGGUUUUACGUUAAAAGCUUGAUAACAAGCAUUUGUUAAUCACUCAUGCUCCUCAAGCCCCUUACUUCUCUCGUGCUUACUAUGACAAUGGUGCUUAUUACACUGUUGAAAAAGAAGUAGGUAACACCAUCGAUUGGUACAACAUUUAAUUUUACAAUCAAGGUUCUAAUACUUACGACUCUUACGAAUCUCUAUUUGUUGAAAGUGGAAAACCUUUUGUUAAUACUUCUUACUCAGAAAUUAUUAAAAUCGAUGGCAUUCCUGCUGAAAAGUUAAUUCUUGGUAAACCAGCUGUCACUGCUGAUGCCACAAAUACUGGUUAUGUUGAACCUGCUAAAUUAGCUUAAAUUUGCAAUGAAGGAAAAGAAAAAUCAGGUAUCACUAUUCCUGGAUUCUUCAUCUGGUAAUAUUCUUCAGAUACCUCAUGCCGUUUCUACGAUGCUUUCACCUAAAAUUACAAAUACAAAUGA